CGGGCGUUUCCGUCGCUGUGAGUUCGGUUUUACAUGUUCUGUCUUCCCUGACACCUUCUGUCUGCAGGAAGCGCCGCGAGCGUUUCUCCUCCCGCCAUGUCUCACAGCAACAACCCGCGCAGGCGCCCGCCUUCUGACUCCGAUCUCAGACCUGGUCCAAGACGGUUCGGCUCCACAGACCACCGCCACGCUUCAUCAUCAGAACGUGGCGGCCCGCGCGGCUCCUCGGACCGCCUCCACGCCUCGCCAUCGGACUUUUCCAGGCCCCCCAGGGAGUCCCCGUCCUCCAGGGGUGCUCCGUGGUCGCAGGACGGCGCGCUCGGCGUCCUGAGCAGCUGUGGGCUGGAGCCCGCCGAUCUGGCUCUGCUGGCCGAGCUCCCCGAAGAGGUCCUCACCGUGGAGUCCCUGCCCCAGGUCCUGAGGCAGAUCAAAGGAAAGAGGGUCCCCGUCCCCGUGAAAGGAAAGAGGGGAACCAUCAAACCUUUCCCUUCCACUGCUCCGUCUCUUCGCCUCCCCUCUUCCUCAUACCCCCUCAGCUCUUCCCGUCUCCCUGCUGUCAACCCCUCCCCCUCCUCCUCCUCCUCCACUGUUGCCGCCGGCAAUUGGCUCCCCCCCAGGAGCCAUCUGCCCCUCUACCCGCCGGACCCGGCAACACCCGGCCCGGUGUCGUUGGAGCUGGACCACUGGGCGAAUCCCAGGAGAACAGACCCGCCAUGGUUGUUGUCUUCCUCCAGCUACGUGGUGGACUUCCAACAGAGACCCGGAUCCUACGGGUACGGCCAGACGGUUAGAGACUACAGUCCGGUUUCCCCUCAAGACUGCCAACACAGAACUGGAGACUCUGAUUUUAACAAGACAGGUAAAGAUGCCGCUCCGGUGUUGGUUCUAGACUACAACUUUGGCUCGGUUGCUUCUGAGUUUGGCCAAACCGGCAGAGACUACAGUUCAGUUUCCUCUCGAGAUUACAAUCCUAGACCAGGAUCCUCUGACCUCAGCAAGAAGGGUAAAGACCCCACUCCAGUUUCCCUUCUAGACUUCAACUUUACCCCGGUUCUCCCUGAUUUUGGCCACUCCAGCAGAGUUUCCUCUCAGAACCUCCAGCACAGACCGGGCCCCUUUGAGUACGGCCACAUGGGCAGAGACAGCGCUCCAGUUCCCCUUCUGAACUUCAACUUUAGUCCUGGAUCCUCUGAUUAUGGUAAGACAGGCAGAGACGCCGGCCCAGUUUCCUCUCAGGACCAAAAUCUUAGACCAGGACUCUCUGAGUACAUAAAAACUGGUUCAGACAGGGCUCCAGGAUCCUUUCUGGACUACGACCACAGACCGGGGCGGUCUGAUUAUGUCCCAGAUGCCGGUGCAGUUUCCUCUCAGGGUCCCCCCUCUUUCAGCUCAGCAGCAGGGCGAAAGAAGAGAACUCGUCCUUCCCGUUUCUCUCAGCCGGGCCCGGCUCUGCCUCCUGUAGACCAGCGUCCGAAACCCCUCUUUGAGUCUUCUUCCAUCCGGAGCGGGGGCAGUAGCAGCCACACCGCCGCCGCCCCCCUGCCCUCCAAGAAAGAAGCCCUGGACUUCCACGGGGUGUCUCCGCCGACGUUCCCGUACUCGUGCUGUCUGUGUGAUAUAACUGUGAUGUCCAAGAAGGUGAGUCCCCCGUCCCGCGCCUGGAACCCGCUCUCUGAACAGAGUCUGAUGGGGGGGGGGGGUGGGGGGCUGCAGCUGUCACGAGCAAGUCCAGGGAGACCGGUUUGUUCAUGGUGCUUGUUGUUGUUUUGUUCCAGGUGUGGCAGAUCCAUAUCAACGGGCCUCACCAUGCAGACGGACAGCUCAACCUGCUGCAGAAGUGUCCCGGCUGGGACUGUCGCCUGGAGACGAUCAGCAGGUCAGAAUACAUUAUUAUUAUUAUUAUUAUUAUUAUUAUUAUUAUUAUUAUUAUUAUUAUUUUUAUUAUUAAUAAAGAGAUGCUCAGAUUACAGUUCAUUAUCUUAAAUACUAUUCUCUCAUUUAUGCGUUGACAGCCAAUCGGAGCAGAGUAAGAAUGAAGAGAAGCCUGCCCAACCGCCCCAGGCAGCCAAUCAGAGCGCUAAGCAACAGACACACAAAAAACCCCAAAAGAAGGAGGCAGAGAAAGGUAAAGUGGUGUGUGUGAAGUUCCCGGCUCAGUGUGUGGACCAGGCCUACCUGAGGACGGUGGUGGAGCCGUUCGGGAAGAUCGCCAAGAUCCUCUUGUUCCCCUCGCUAG